UUGAAGUUAUUUGUAGGUGUCCCGGGUAUGUUAUGGUUCUAUGUUGCUUUUACUUUUGAUGGUUCUGGCUUUUCAAUGAAGCUUGGUCACUUGGACAGAAGGAUUAUGUUCUCAGGGUUUAGAUAUUCUUCGUUUCUUUGCUCUGCUCAUGGUUUAACUUGGGAAGUUCUGCUCGGAAGAUACUAUGAGAGCUGAACUUUUAAUUAAAAGCCCAUUUUAACUUGAAGGAGUUGUUUUGGUUUCGUUAAAGUAUAGUGAAUUCGCUUAAUUGGGUCAUCUGCUGGAGUGGUAGUUUUCUCUUUAUUGCAUCGCUGUAUUAAGGAAGAAGGAGUUCGCGAGGACCUGGGUUGCUACUUUCGGGAAAAAAAGAAAAAGAGAAACUUGGAGAAAAUUCCCUGCCUUUGGAUUCUGAUUUUCAGUUAGCAGGAAUCAACGAUACUUUUGUGUGAUGGGGAAAGAUGUUGCUGAAGUUACACAAUUGCUGUCAUGCUCCAAUGUUAAGGUGCAUCGUUUAAUGUGCAUGGAGCUUAUGAAAUCUGUGGAUCAAAUCUUAUGGAUAUUCCCAUACAUAGAAUCUUCUCGACCACGUUGCACAUCUGGAAUAGAAGCCCUGUGCUCAAUAAACGGUGCAAUAGAGAAAGCCAAAUUACUCAUUCAGUAUUGCACUGAAGCUAGCAAGCUAUACUUGGCAAUUAGAGGGGAAACCAUGGUUGCAAGGUUUGAAAGAGUACGUGAUGAACUUGUUAGAAGUUUAAGUCAAAUUCAAGAUAUGGUUCCAAUAGUGUUGGCAGUAGAGAUAUCUGGAAUCAUCAACGAUCUUAGGACUUCAGAGUUUCUGCUGGAAUCCUCUGAAGAAGAGGUUGGAAAGGUUGUAUUAGAGUUGAUUAGGAAGGACGUAUCUAUGUCUGGUUCAAUGGAAACUUCUGAAGCUGAGGCAUUUAAGCUUGCAGCUUUGAGACUGAAACUUACAUCCCCAAAGGCUCUAUUGAUAGAGAGAAGAGCUAUUAAGAAGCUAAUUGAUAAAUUCCAUGACACUGAGAAGAAGGAGAGGAUCCUUAAGUAUCUUCUAUAUCUUCUGAGGAAAUAUGGCAAAUCAUAUGAGGGUGAUGAAACAGAGAAUGCCACUGCUCAGUAUGAAAGUGUACAUUCAAGCGAAGACUAUAUAUGCAGUGGUGCUAUAUGUGGUCAGUCAAUUGAUCAGAAAAAUGAUGUAGAAUAUGGGUAUAGAGAUGCUCGAAGUUAUAAAUCUUGUACAGCAAUACCUCCUGAGGAAUUCAGAUGCCCCAUUUCUUCAAUACUUAUGCACGAUCCUGUCACUAUUGCUUCUGGAGAAACCUUUGAAAGGGCGUGGAUAGAGAAGUGGCUCAAUGAGGGCAACGGAACAUGUCCAAAGACUCAUAAAAAGUUGCCACAUCUAUCUAUUACUCCAAACUAUCUAAUGAAGGACCUUAUUUGCAAGUGGUGUACAGAGCAUGGGGUCACAAUUCCUAGCCCAUGUUCACAACCAAUUCCUGCAGCAUUUUACUCGUGGAAAACUUCAUCUUCCAAUUCCAUUGCUAGCUUUGGCAGUUCUCUAAAUGAUGCACAUCUUAGGAUUGAUGUCAGUACCGUAUCUAUUGACUCUUCAGAUGUUAGUUAUGUUUCUGAUUCUUCUCAUGUUAAGGUGACAGAUAGCUCAAGUUUUAUAUCCUCUCAAGGGAAUUGCAAUUUCCACAAAUCCCAAUCUUUUGAAAGUUUUAACAGUGAGAAAAUUUCACUGUUGCUCUCUAAACUUGCUGCACUUCCGUGGGAAUCACAAUGCAAAGCUGUGGAAGACACUAAAAAGCAUUGGAAAGACAAUUACCGAUCAUGCUAUUUUGUGUUAUCUAAUAGUUCUGUUGACUCACUAGUUAGAUUUUUGAAGUGUGCAUGUGAUGUUAAUGAUACAAAAGCACAAAGGGAUGGUGCUCAAGUGCUUUUGGCAUUACUUAGGGAGACCAGUGCAAUACCACCUUUAAGUGAAGAGAUGUUUCAUUUAUUGGUUAAUUUUCUCAACUCUGAAAUCACUGAAGAAGCUCUUGUGAUUAUGGAAGUUUUGUCAAGCCACCGGCAUUGUCGAUCAAAGAUUGUGAUGUCUGGUGCUCUUCCUUCCAUCCUAAACAUGCUUGAUACUCAAAUUAGAGAAUUCCAGGCUCCUGCUACUAGAAUAUUGUAUAACUUGUCCUUAAACAGAGACAUUGGGUCCUGUAUUCUGUCCUUGGGAUGUAUCCCAAAGUUGAUUCCGCUUUUCAGUGAUAGUUUGCUUGCAGGGCAUUGCAUUAAAAUUCUAAACAACUUGUGUGAUAUUGAAGAAGCAAGGAAAGAAGUUGCUGAAACCAAUGGAUGUUUAACUUCCAUUGCAAAAUUACUUGAGACGGGGAAUCCUGAGGAACAAGAAUAUUCGGUGACUGUUCUCCUUUCUUUAUGUUCUCAGUGCAUAAAGUAUUGCCAGAUGGUCACGGACGAGGGCGUUAUCUCAUCUUUGGUCAUUAUAUCAGUCAAUGGGAAUAUCGGAGGGAAGGAGGGUGCAAUGGAAUUGCUUAGGAUUUUGAAAGAUAUAAGACAUAAUGAUCAUCUUGAAAGUUUGACUUGUCACCCUGGACUGGACCCUGACUUGUCACGGGACCCUGCAAAGCACUCCAAAGGGAAAAAGCCAUCUUCCAAGGCUGCUCACUUUUUUGGAAGAAAGUUGGUAAUAUUCUCAAAGCCCUGAUCUUUAGCUCUCUUAUGAGCUUUGGCGACUUGGAUGGUCUAUAUCAUGGAGGACAACAAACAGGGUCCAGGUACAGUUAUUUGUGUAUAUUUCCACAUGAGCUGACCAGUUUACAUGCUUAUGAGCUUAUCAAGGGAAAGUAUAAGCAACAUAUUAAGCUUGAUAUGAUCCAUAGGUGAUGGGUCUCUUGCUUCAUCAGCAAAACAUGGUGCUGAAGCACCAUGAUUGGUUAAAGAAGUAUCUCUAAGGGAAUUUGGGUUAAUACAGCUAUAAAGUCUGAUUACCAAAAUGCGCUGAAGAGACUUCAUGAACCAACCAUGAUGUUUCAGCACAGUGUGCUUUUGAAGCUUUAGCAGCAGAUAGGAACUCAUGAGUAGGUUGGUCUGUCUUGCUAACUGUAUGAAUAUAUAUGUAAUUACAAUUAAUUGGUUACUCAUUCACGUUGUUUCAGCCGGUUGUUCUGGCUUUUUACUAACAAAAUUGUAAAGUCGUGCUGUAUGAAUGGAGGUAGCUGCUUUUUGAUAUGAUCAGUUCUGGUAUUUCUUGGUGCACUUUUCCCUGCGUCCAUGUUGAGGCUCGAUCAAUUUUCUUCAUUUCAAGUUUGAGGUAUUUGAAUAUUGUAGCAUUAUUCAACUGUACAUGUCACAAGACAGUUAUUCAACUGUAAAUUGUCACAAGACAGUUUAUCUGUGCAAGCAAUUAUCUAUAUAAAUCUGUUGCCAGUUGCAACUGGUAACUUCAUAUUUAA